UUUUAAAACUCUAAGAAAAAAAAAAUCCCAAAAUUGUGUCACUUUAUGCCUUAUCCACGAACCUCUGGCCCCUAAAAUCCAAGCUUCUCUCUAGUUUGAUUUCCCCCAAAAUCUAGGCCCUUUAUUUCUUUCUUAUCCUUUCAACAAAAUUCCAAAACCUACGCUUUCAUUUCCCAAUUCUUUUCUCUGUGUAUAUAUAUAUCUAUAUCUAUUUAUAUAUGAAUGAAUUUAAAUCUCGGCGGUCAUAGCUCUUGUAGUAGUCUGCGUUUUUAUGGAGGAUGUGGGGUUUGAAUUUGAUGGUGCUAGCAGGGCUUCUCAUUUUGUAGCCCGUUGGCUCGUCUGCACCAUUUCCGGAGCUCUUACCGGCCUUUUCGCUCUUGCUGGAGCUUUCACAGGAGCUAUUGCUGGUGCUCUAGCAGGUAAGGCUUCUGAUAGUGGCAUCCUCCGUGGAGCUGGACUUGGUGCCAUUGCUGGGGCUGUGCUCUCUGUAGAGGUUCUGGAGGCAUCCCUUGCUUACUGGUGUCUAGAACGAUAUGGGUCAAGGAGCUCAUCUUCAAUGGCAGAUUUCAUAGAGGAGCUUUUUCAUGGGAGAUUUAUGGAGGAACAAUUUACACCAGUAAUGUUAACUGCUUACCAUUGGCAGGUUAGCUUUGCUAAUAUAGGUUAUGAUGAGAUUCAUGAUAUUUAUGGUGGAGUUGCACCCAGAGGAUUGUCAGAGGAUUCAUUGAAGAGAUUACCAUGCCAUAUGGUCGUGGAGGAAACCAAGGCAGCACAAAGUAUCUGUUGUACGAUAUGUUUGCAGGAUAUUGAAGUAGGAGAAACUGCAAGAACCUUGCCCCAGUGUCACCACGUUUUUCAUUUGAAAUGUGUGGACAGAUGGCUCAUCAAUCAUGGUUCAUGUCCUGUAUGCAGACAGGAAGUAUAAAUUCAUAUAGGAUCCUGAUUGUGUAGAUAUAAGGUGUCUGUAAUUUGAAGGUGAUUACUGUAAAAUAUAGCUUCCCCCACAGAUUUAGACAGUCUGCAAGUAUUGUGGUUAUGUAUAGAGUCAGGGAAUUGUUAUUCUUUGGGUCUGUUUAGAUACCGCUUAUUGCUGAAAACUGAAAACACUGUAGCAAAAUAAUUUUUAAAUGUGUAAAUAGUGUUAUGGAAUCCAAUUUUAAUGAAAAUUUUGCUGAAAAGAGUACUCGUGGGUCCCAUAAACAGUGCGCUUUGUAUAAUGGUGGUUAGUAUUUU